AUGAAUGGGAAAUCUAAUAAUUCAUUUACUGCAUCUGUUUUUUGUUAUUAUAAAAUAUAUAAUGAUUUACAUUUAAUAAUAAAUUCAGGACCGAAUGAUGAUUUAGUUGGUUAUAUUGUCAAGUUGGAUCGACUUAAUGAUGCUAUUAUAUAUUUUAAACGUACAGCAGUCAUCGAUGAGCAAAAGCGUUUAACUCAAUUGUAUGAUGUUGGACGACAGAAACUCAUCGAAGCAAGUGAUGAAGUUAUCAUGAGACAUACUAAUCCAAUAUUACCUAACGAAUUACUUGAAUUGUGUCGGUCAACAUCAUCACUAUCAAUUGAUACUGAUAGCAUGCAAGUGCCAGAUUUAGGCUCAUUUCGCAUUAUCUUCGAUUGGUUUAACGAGCAUGGAUUUCAACAAGGUCUUAUUAAUUCUUAUGCUUCAAAGAGAGGCACCCUGAGUCGAAAUUCUCUUAAAUCGCUAGCUGAACAUUUACAGCGAAAUUGUGCCCGUCGUGCGUCAGUCAGUAUGACCUGCAUUCGCUCUCAUACAUCCUCACGCCGAGCUUCAUACUGUUCGGAAUUAUUACGUGGAAAAAUUAAAACAAAAAUUGAUGGAAUAGGACGUCGUUUGACGCUGUCACCUUUGCUCGAUGGUAGAAGACCUUCAUUGAAAAAUACAUUGUUACCACCAGAAAUGGACACAUACAAUGAUCAUAAUGUUGAUAAUUUAUCAUCGUCAGUGCGUUUUAGCAGUGAUCGGGAAACGAACAAUUAUAAAUUUUUACUCGAUGCAUUUGUUGUACUUCUGUUACAUGAUUCGGAUUUACUUUUCUAUACCUUCUCAAAUGAAUUCAACUCAUUAAUCUUCAUCAAAUCAAUCGAAUUACCAUUGGCAUAUAUGCAUGACGAAGCACAACAAUUAUGUAAAGCUAUCGAACGAUUACCGUCUAAAAUAGAUAGUGGAAAAGUUGCUUUUUUUGGUCUUCUUUCAAUUAUUCGAUGGUUUCACAAGUCUAAACCUGUUUUUACCAAGUUCUAUGAUGAAAAUGAUCUAGCACCUGAACAUCAAUUCGGCAGUGCACUCUCAGCCGUAUUUGAACAUUCAAUCAUUGAAUGUCUACGCAUGAUAUUGGAAGAAGUUCGAAACGACUCAUCGGAUAUAAAUCAAGGCAGCCAUAUACAUCCAUUAGCGUUACAUGUAUUAAGUUUUAUGGAAGGUCUUCUUGACUAUGAAGAUGUAAUUACUAUUAUUGGAUCCAGUCGUAUCGAAGAAAAACAAAACCAAUGUCUUUUAAAUUUGAAAAAUUAUUUUACUGAUUUAAUUCAAACGCUUCGUGCGAAUAUUACGACGAAGAUACAAACGUUCAUUCCACGUAACGAGGGACCUAUACGAGCAAUAUUUAUUCUCAAUAAUGUUAAUUAUCUUCUCAAACGACUACAAAGUUCAUCUUUGUUAACGAUGAUUAACAAAACGGAACCAAGUCUCGAAUCACAAUUAGAAGAGACCAUGCGAAAAGCUGUAAAAGCGUACUUGAAAUGUUAUACACCUUUUAUCAUAGCUAUGCGAGAAAUGUUAAACUAUGACAAUAUGAAUCAUCUCUCAGGCAGUCAACUGAGUGAAUCUGAUCGAAAUCAAUUGAAAACAAGUUUUUCAACGGUGAAUACAACUAUUGAUACCCUUCGUCAACAAAAUCAAGAAUAUAUUAUCGAUGAUAUUCAAAUACGUGAUCAUUUGCGAAGUGAAAGCAAGAAAUUAGUUUUGGAUAUGUUCAAAACAUAUUAUACAAAAUUUACACAGAAUAAUUUUUUUUCCAAAUCAGAAAAGUAUUUACGAUACAAUCCAUUAACGCUCGAAUCUGUAAUUGAUGGUUUUUUCGAACACUAA